GCAAGUUGAGAGACAUGAAAUAUCAAGAUAACCAACAUUUCAGCCACCAUCAUAUUAUGAAAAAACUUGUUCUUGAUGAAAAUGAGGAACUUCAAUGUCAAGCCUGUGAGAAGUUCAUUUUUGAGCCCUUUCAUGGUUGCAUCUCUUGCAAUUUCUACCUCCAUGACAAUUGCCUCAACGCGCCUCGUUCUCUGGUUCACCCUUCUCAUCCUUCUCACCCUUUAACCCUUCUUCCAACUCCUACUUAUUCGAGCCGAUCUUUUACUUGCAAUGCCUGUGGAUCUGUAGGAAGAUCUUGUAGCUUAAGUUGUGCUCAUUGCGAGUUUGAUCUGCACGUGCAAUGUGCCCUUUUGGCCCAAACUGUCUUACUUCCCCAACACCAUCAUCAUGAACUUAAACUUAUAUUUGAUUCCUCUUUUGGUGAUGAGGAUGAAAGUUCUAUUUUUGUUUGUGAUCUCUGUAAUGGAAAAGUAGAAGAGAAUUCUUGGUUAUAUUAUUGUGCUGAUUGUGAUUUUGGAACACAUAUCGAAUGUAGUAGCAUUUCCAAAUAUGUCAACAAACCAAAAGAUAAUGCAGUCAUCACGAAACCAAAUGAAGAACUUGUCAUUAGUAAAUCAACAAAAAGUCCAGUUAGCAUAACAGAGAAAAAAACAGCCAAGAAUCCCAAAAUGAAGCUAGUAGUUGAAUCUCCAGUCGAAAAACUAGCAGACGAAUUAUCAGAAGCAGAAGAAAAUGCAGUGAUCAUGAAACCAAACAUGGAAGAAUCAAGCAACAAAGAAAUUACUGAACAAGUAUUCAAUACAUCAACAGAAGAUCCAGUAAGGAAAACAGAGAAAAAAUUUGCCAAGAGUGUUAGAGUACUAAAUCCCAAAAUGAAGACAGUAGACAAAUCACAAGAAGAAAAUGCAGAUAUUCUGAAACCAAAGGAAGUACCAACAACAAGGAAAACAAAGAAAAAAUCAGACAAGAAUCCAGGAGAAAAUCCCAAAAGGAAGCCAGUAUCUGAAUCGUCCCAAGACGAAAAUUCAGCAGACAAAUUACGAGAAGGAGAAGAAGAAGAGGAGUCGUCAGAAUUGACAUAUUAUGAAGCUCAGCGCAGACUGAAAGAACAACACAUGAAAAACAUGAUCAUACUUCAAGCUGUGGACAAUGCUGCUAGCUACGUUGGGCCCUCAGGGGGUUCUUACUAUUAUUGA